AAAAUAUAUAACUCUCGGUCUUCAACUUCCCAUCGAUGCACACAUUUAACGCAGCGGCGGAGCUCAGAUACGUUGUGCCCUUAUUUCUGCCGGAGAAGAGAGAGAGAAAACAAGUUUUCGAACUUCUUCCGGCGAGGGUAAACGAUGUCGUACGACGAUGUGGAGAUAGAAGAUAUGGAGUGGAACGAAGAGAUUCAGGCGUACACGUAUCCUUGCCCUUGCGGCGAUUUGUUCCAGAUUACGAAGGAGGAUCUCCGGCUCGGCGAGGAGAUCGCGAAUUGCCCAAGCUGCUCUCUCUAUAUCACCGUCAUCUACAACAUGGAGGAUUUUCAAACCGAUACCAAGAAGAAUAACGAACCCAAAAGUCGCCAACCUGUGGCCGUCGCGUGAAUUGUCAUGGGAUCGAAUUAGAAGAUUAUUCAAGAACAGCACAAGAGAUUAUUCAUUCUGUUCAAAAGUUUUGGAAAUCAUAUACAGAGUGUGUCACCAUCUUUACAUUAUGGGUAAUUUAGUUUACAUCGAUCACAUAUAGAGAUAACCACGGAAACAGAGGUGUUGUGUUACUGAUCAUUUAUGAUUUUAUCAAAAACCGAGUUCUUGGUGCUUUCUUGCACAUUUUGAUCCGAUGUAUUGUUUGGAAUACGCUCUGAUUUGUUUGAAGAAGGUUUUGUACGGUCAUCAAGCUCAUAAAUUCUAUUUUUAGGACCGAAGUGUCUUUCUCUCACAUUUCACUAGAGAAUAGAAGCAAAUAGAAAAGCUCAAAUCUUUACCAAGAAG